CCCCAGAGCUGUUCAGAUGAGGAAAGGAUGCAGGAAAUUCAGUUGUUUACACAUGUGUCUGUAACACUGAGAAGCAAGAGCAGCCCAGCAAGCCCAGAGGGUUUACCCUGCCCCUGUUGACAAGAAAAUCACGUCGUUGAUACCUUAAUUCUUUUCUUUACUGAUACUUUCCAUCAUCUGCUAUUAAGUGCUCUGGGGAGGUGUUUGUGAUCCAAGAUAUAUUUAUAUAGGUACCUGAAUAGCAUUCCAAUGAGGCAAAUGACUCAAAGUGAGAACAACUAAAAAGAAGACUUCUUCAAGGAAAACCUUAUUGUGGUUUUAUGUUCUCCUCACAUUCUACAGGAUCCUCUUCACAUCAGACAUUAAGCUGUGAAGCAUGAAUUUAGAUUCCAUUCACAAGUUAAUUGAAGAAACACAAAUUUUCAAGCUCCAGCAAUCUCCCCUGAGAUCACCUUGUGAACCAGCAGUACCUGCCUUAUCACUUCAUGAACCCUGUAAUUCUUAUUUUCCACCCCAAGGCCUACAUUCACAUGGUGCCCAGAACUUCUAUGCUCACUCCUAUAGGGGCAAUGACUGGGAUAUCUGUGAAGAGCUCCGAGUUCGAGAACUUGAAGAAGUCAAAGCCAGAGCUGCCCAGAUGGAAAAAACCAUGCGCUGGUGGUCAGACUGCACUGCCAAUUGGAGAGAGAAAUGGAGUAAAGUCCGAAUAGAAAGGAAUAAAGCCAGAGAAGAAGGAAGGCAGCUCAGAAUAAGGUUAGAGAUGACAAUGAAAGAAUUAAGUGCCCUCAAAAAGAAACAAAGUUCACAAAAUGAAAAGGAGACAUUGGAUACUAAAAACAUCUGGAAGGAGAAACCUAGUCUUCUUGAAGUUUCCUGUUCACAGGAUGCGCAAUUUCCAAUGGCUUCUCAGGAAUAUGAUCCUAAUAAGGUCAAUUUGGGGAAAACAUACGUUUCUAUUAAAGAAAAUAUAAACAAGAAGGAAAUAGAAAUGGUUGCCAACACAGUAAAAUUCAACCAGGAUUUGGAUUUACAGUGCCCUGACUUCUUCAUAAAAGGUAUUUCUGGCACCUGUGUGACAAAGCCUACACCGAGGCUGGAUAAUGUAGCACAAUCUUUGGGGAAGGAAUUAACCCAGAUUUCAACCCUGAAGUUUGAUUUGGAUGAGUCUCAGAAAACUUUAUGGAAGGAAAGAGAGAUGCGUUCAUCUUUGGAGAAAGAAGUUGAGUUGCUUGAGUCAGCAUUAUCUCUCUGGAAAUGCAAGUAUGAAGAAAUAAAUGAAUCCAAACAGAUGACUUUAAACCAGUUUAACAUAUUUCAUGAUCGACAUGGAAAUGAAGUGCAAAAGGUUUCAGAAGAAAGAGAAGAUGAAGCCAACUGUCAAACCAGUAAGGAUAGAGUAAUAUGUGAGCUGAGAGCAGAGCUGGAGAGACUACAGGCUGAGAACACCUCAGAGUGGGGUAAGAGAGAAAUACUUGAAACUGAAAAACAAAGCCUAGAAAGAGACAAUAGAAGGUUAAAGGCUCAGGUGAAAGAAAUGGAAGAGCUUUUGGAUAGAAAAAAUCCAUUAACUGCAACUUCUCAAUGUCCUGAUUUGAAGACAUCACAAAGUGAGCUACUUGAGAAAAAGAAGGAGCUGGCUGAACUUCAACAUGCCUACAGCAAACUAAACAAACAGUACCAGGAUAAAAUGGCAGAACUGAUUCAUGCAAACCACAGAGUGGAUCACCAUGAGGUAGAAGUAAAGAAGCUGAGAUUUCGAGUGGAAGACCUAAAAAAAGGACUCAACCAUGCAGAAGAUGAGCUUGACGACUCACUCAACCAGAUUCGUAAACUUCAGCAAUCCCUGGAACAGCAAGUAGAAAUGAAUGAUAAUCUGCAGAUUCAGCUUAAUCAUCUACAAAGCAGAUUAAAAAAACAAAGAAACGUGAGUUCUGCUUAUGGAAUCAAAUCAAGUGUUAAAUAUACCUCGGAAGACUCCACAGAAGCAGAGCAUGAAGAAGAAGGAGAUCAGUCUGUCCCCUAAAGCAACUUGGGACUCCUGGGUUUGUCAAGUUAGAGUUAAUGAAAAAGUAAUAAAAGCAAAAUCCAGAAGAGAAAAUUAAUAGAAACAUUUCUCAUAUAAUAAUUUAAUGAAAUAUCAAAUAUAAGAUAUUUUAUAUACAUUAAUCUGAUAUCAAUAAUUUUUGCAGAAAAUAAAAUAUACCUGCCUUGUGAUCUAUAAAAAUUUUUGAUAGGUUGAGUUUUUAAAUAUCAGUUAUAUACCUUGUAAAUGCUGUUGUUCUUUUUCAUAAAUCAUUUAUUAAAAUUUGUCCCCUCCCUUUUUAUUAUCACUGAGGAAAGUUGUGAAAUUUUAAAUGUUACAUGUAAGAAGAGACCAGAGCUUUUAAGAUUAUGAAAAAAGUUAAAUCUUCAAUUUAUUAUUCAUCUUCUAUACAUUACAAUGUGCAUAAAAGGCAAAAAUUAUAUCUUUAAGUACAUGAUGCAUUAUUAUCUGUAAACUACCAAAUGAUUACUUUAGCCUGAACCAUCAAUUUCAAUAUGAUCAUAUGAAAAUAUUAACCAAUAUGUUGAUAAUAAAUCAAUAUUUAAUUUGAAAAAUGAGCUAUAGCCAUAUGUGAUAAAAUGUAGUACUAGAUUUUUGUUCUACAAAUGAAAUCAAUUGAAGUAAUGGAGAAUGUGAUUUACUUACCCUUUUUAUAACAACCUGUAGAUUUAAUUGAUUGUUCAUCUCUAAUGAAAACAACUAUCAAUUUCCUUGAAUUAGAUUCUUUCAGAGAUCUAUAUUCAUUGAAAAUGGCAUAUUAUGGAUGGGGAGAAUUUAUCAAAAUGUAUGUUGAAGAGAUAUCAGUUCCAUUAAACUUAGCAAGGAUGCAAAUUAUGGGAUCAAUAGAUUUUUUCACAUAUAUUUAAUCAGCAUGAUUAUUAAGAUGAAUGGGUCAGAAAUAUACAUAGCUAUAGACUAAGAUCUUGGAUCUUUGAAGUCAUCCAGUUCACCUCCUUCAUUUUAUCCUGAGGAAACUGAGACCCAGAGAGUUUAACUGACUUAUUCUAGAUCACAGAGUUCAUAAGGAGCAGAGUAAUAUCUUUAGAGACAGUGUGGCACAAUUGUUUUAAACACAUGGCUUUGGAGUAAGUAGACAUGAACCUAAAACAUUCCUCUAAUGUUAAAACUUGUAUGACCUUGUACAAGUCACAACUCCUCUGGGCCUCAGUUUGCUCAAUUAUAAAAUGAAAAAAUAUAUAUAUAUAUAUGGCCUGGCUUCUUUAGUCUCUUAGGAGUCAGUAAGUAUGAUUUUAUGUAAAAUCAAGCAUUCCAAAUCCAAUUUCUUUUGCAGAAUAAAAUAAAAGACCCUCAUUUUCAGAAUAAGAAUUUAAAGACUAUCCAAAAUUCACAUGGUGAUUUUUAAGGAAUAAAUUUAUGAAAUAUAAGAAUUAGAAAAUACCCUUACAAUUAUUAAAGUCAUCCCCUCUUGUUUUUUAGAUGAAGAGAAUGAGAGCCAAAGAAAUAAAAUUAUUUGCCUAAAAGUCACAGAGCAGGUAAGAACAAAAAUAGAUAGUUCUAGGAUUCUAGAAUGCAGGGUCCUUCUAGUACAUCACACAACUCUCAACAAUAUUGAUUUUCUCAUGUACAUUACUACCAAGGCUCAAAUUUUUUUAAGUGGCACUUAGAGAAGUGACAAUUACAAUAUGCUUAGGACUAUCUGGUAAACCUUCCCUUACAUUUUAAAGAUCUGCUGGUAGCAGAACCAAAAAAAGAACAUGGAGAGACAGCAAGGAGGGCUCAUUUUGCUAGAGUAUGUGAAGGGAGUACUGAACAAGCCUCAGCAGGACUCAGAUGCAAUAUAGCCUCUUGGAGAAGCUGUGGCAUGGGUGCACAGCCAGCACUCAGGGAACUGCUUUGUAAACCCUAUUCCCAGCCCCCAAGGACUUUUUUUGCAUGCCCCAUCCCUCUAUCAAGCCUCCCAGAGCAAACACUUUCUCCUUCAACUCUCUCAGCUAAAAAUGGUAAUCUGGAACUCACAGACAGUUUGAAUUUUCCCUCUGGGCACUCCAAUUUGGAAAAGAUUUGCCAACCCUGAAAUAUAAUAUAAACUGCAGGGGAAAGAGAACAACUGGCUUGGUCCAGCCUCAGCAGGGUAAGAAUGAAAACCAAUGGAAUAUAGAACAAGCAGCAGUGGGAGGGAAGUGGCCUUGCAGAGUCCAGGCAGAAUGGAGGUAGGGAACAACCCCAUGUAAGUAUCAGUGGGAUGGACUCAGCCCAACAAGGUCCAGCCUCAGUGGAACUGAUCAGAACACAACUCCAACCCAGUUGAAUUCAACAGUUGCAAACCUCCACACAGCAUAUAAACCAUAAUUGCCUUUGUCAAAUGUUCAAUCUGAGACUGACAGUUGAGCCAAUCCAGGCACAGCACAAGCAUAGGACAUUACUUUCUGCACUCCAGAAACAGAAAUAAGUUUUAGCAGACAGACAAAAUCAUGGGAAAAAUUACUCCAAAAUGAUAAAAAAGAAAGAGAAAAAAGCCUGAUACUAGAAAAAUAGCUCACCAAGAGAAAUGAUCAAAAUACAAGCUCAGAAGUAGAUAGCAAUAAAAAUCUGAAAACCUGUGAAGCCUCAUAUGGAAAUGUGAAUGUGUGUCAAGCUUAAAAUGAACCCCUGGAAGAAUUAAAAAAAAAAAAAACAAA